AUGGCAUCAGUGACAUAUCUCACCAUAACACAACCAUCACCCAAUCACUACAGGAUAACAGAGCAUCCCACUAGAGCGCAAGACAUGACCUCAGUAUCCGAAACAACUUCAAAGUCUUUCCUGCAACGCAAGUUUUCUGACAUCACUCCGGCGACUACUACAGAAUGCGGUCCAGGUACCAUUGCGUUUACAUGGAAUGGCGGGCCGAUCGAAACCACCGGCCUCGUGUACACAGAAAGUCUCCAAAUAUCCUUUGAGCUCAUCUUCAACGAAGAGGAACUGGGCAGUAGAAUCGUAGGGGCUUUUGAGGGAAACUUGGAGCAGGGUGUCAAGGUCGAACUCUUUGACGCCAGGGGAGCGAGAAUGAUGAGGCUGGAGGUGGAGAUUAGAGAUGGGAAAUACAUCCACGCCGACGCAGAACGUGGUCGCUGGGCCAAGAAACGAGUCGUCUGUAUCCUCCCCACGCGACCUCAAUCCCGCACCCAAAUCUAG